CACCUCUCCGAUCAAGUUCAACGAGUUUUCUUACUGGCUUCACAGUUUCCAGGCUACUAAUGAAAUGAUUGGAUGAUUGAAAGAAAGCCCCAUAUCAACCUCUCGCUUUGCCUUGUUGCCUGAUGGCGAACGCCGCAAGGCUGCCUACAUGCAUACAGAUAUAAGCUGCCCAGAGAGUGUAAGUAACAUGAGACAUCUCACGAGACUCGGAUAUAUCACCUCGACUCUCAUGAGACCUUCUAUUUCUUCAUUCUUAGAAUCAACUAGUUCGUGUCAUCCACCCAAACAUUCAAACACCAUCCACCACUGACAUACCCCAACCAAAGUCCCUCAACGCCCAAUCUCCUUCAGGGCCAUGGCCCCCCACAACGACGUCGCCGCAUUUCACGAGGCUCUGGCCUCAAGCAAGCGCAUCCUCGCCCUCUGCGGCGCCGGCCUCUCCGCCUCCUCCGGCCUGCCCACCUUCCGCGGCGCCGGCGGUCUCUGGCGGAACCACGACGCCACGGCCCUGGCGACCAUGAAGGCCUUCCGCCGGGACCCGGGGCUCGUGUGGCUCUUCUACGCGUACCGCAGACACAUGGCUCUGUCUGCGAAGCCAAACAAGGCACAUUAUGCCCUCGCCGCACUGGCGGAUAAGAACCCGGAUUUCUUGUGCCUGACGCAAAAUGUCGAUGGUCUCUCGCCAAGGGCGGGGCACAAGGAAGAACAACUCCGCCUCCUCCACGGAAGCCUUUUUGACAUCAAAUGCGCCAACCCAAAAUGCAGCUACAUCGACCACAACAACACCCAAGACCCCCUCUGCCCAGCCCUCGCACCCGCCUCAGAAGACCUCACAGACCCAACCCAAACCCUCCCGCUCCUCGACCCUACCAAGAAGCUCCCCGCCAUCGACGAAGCAGACCUGCCCCACUGCCCAUCCUGCAAGACGGGCCUGCUCCGGCCAGGCGUCGUCUGGUUCGGCGAGGCGCUCGACGAGGCCAUGCUCGACGGCGUCGACGCCUGGAUCGAGCGGGGCAAAGUCGACAUGAUGAUCGUCGUCGGCACGUCGGCGCAGGUGUGGCCGGCCGCGGGGUAUAUCCUCAAGGCGCACGCGGCCGGGGCGCGGGUGUGUACCGUCAACCCCGAGGCCGAGGACGAGGACCAGAUGGGCAAGGUGAAGAAGGGGGACUUUGCGUUUGGGAGGGACGCGGCGGAGGUGUUGCCGUUGUUGUUGGAGCCUGUUAUUGGGAAGUUGAGGGCGGAUGGGCGGACGUAUACGGAGGAUUGGAAGGCUGAGUAGCAGAUGUGAAUGCGGAGUUUAGAUUCUGUUGUACUAGUAGCAGAGGAUGGAUUUUAAGGGCGAAAAGUUGUCGUGGGCAGUAGAUGGAUUGAGCGUUCCUUGGUCUUAUGGCGGCAUCUUGUCAAAUCUUUGUGUCAUUUGACUACGUCGCAAUACACUUCAGUCAACCUCUACCUUUAAAGGCUCAUGAGAGAGCUUCAUCGUCCUGAAUUUAGUAAAACCAAGGCCAUGGGGGAACUCUCCCAUCCAAGACAGGAGUCUCGGAAGUUAUUGAGGAGGCCUCUCUGCUGAAGGUGAGUUAUCAAGGUCGACGGGAUGGCGUUCUCAUCCAUUUCGUCAAACUGAUGGCAGUACUGAGAACCAUUCUGAGCGCCGGAUGGAAUGUAUGAUGUUCUUGAUCCGAUCGCUGAUCAAUGUAGAAUAUUAG